AUGGUACGGUUCCAGAAAAGGAAUGGCGAAGUUCAACAUCAACUCCUGUGUGUGAUGAAUAGGGUUUUGGAGCGGAUCCUCCUGGAUCGGCUAAUCAAACAUCGCGAAGAAACCACUCGCGACGAACAGGCCGGAUUUCGCAGUUUACGAUCGACGAUUGAUCAGGUGCUUAUUGUGAGAAGAGUGGUUGAAGUGUGGCAGCAAGAUUCGAAGCCUCCACAUUUAGCUUCUCUGGACUUCGAAUCCGUUUCGGUUCUCUUUACCGGAGCCAUCUUCUCAACGCGCUUCGUGUCAGUGAAGUUCUAG